CUCUUUUUGAGCUUUUUUUACACAAUGUGUUGAAAAUGGAGUGAAAGACAUGUCCAGCUUAAGUCUGAUACCUGAAGAUAAGAGGAAAGAAUUUCAAAGGAAAGAGUCUGCAGCAACAGUAUACAGCAGCAGCUCUCGCUUAAACCUGUUGACGAAGCGCAAGCGCAUGAACCCUCUCGCCGGCGAUAUGUCCAGCCAAUCACUGAAGCCUGAUCGCUCUGUAACUCAACGCGUCCUGUCGGCUAAGACGCAUCGAGUCAAGCAGCUACAGAAUCAGUUGGCUGACGCUCAGUACCACUUGCAGGAGCUGAGUAAUGAAAAUAAGGUACUACGGGCUAUGCAGAGAAAACAAGAGAUAGCAUUACAAAGAUACGAGAACUCAAACGCCGAGCUCCCGCAAGUGCUCAACUCUCACACCGAGGAGUUGAGGAUCCAGCAGACGAAGUUCAAGCAGGUGAAACAGCAGCUGAAAGAGGCGCAGAUGAGGCUGAAGGAGCGGGAUAUGCAGCUGCAGCAGAUCAGGGACGAGCACCAGCAUCUGCUGGAAUUGAGCAAAGACAGAAACCUCCUCGAGCGAGAGAAGCUACAAGCCCAACUGUCAGACUUGCAGCUAAAAGUCCAGCAGCAGUCAGAAACUAUAAGCACUUUGCAGCGCAAACUCGCGCUUGAAGCGAAGAAUUUCAAGCACCAGUUGCAAGCUGAGAUCAACAAGCAUAAAGAUACGCGGCAUGAUCUGGACUUGGCUAUUAAUAAUGCUGAUAAACUGUCCACUAUUAUUGAGAUGAAAGAGAAGAUGAUCUACUCGGCGCGACAGGUUCGAGGCAUUAAGUCACCAGUGAAACCUAUGCCAGCGCAGCCUCAGCCACGAAAAUACACGCGCAGUCAGGAUAUACGUGACGAUGAUAGGGGCAGUGGGGACCAAAACAAUAUGCUAGCAAAAUUCUGUGAGAACUCACGAAGUCUUAGCAGUGCCUUGUCUCACGACGAAGAAACUAGCUCGUCUGCUGAGCCUCGCUCCCGAUACGCGGCUCGGAGUCGCCUCAGCAACAGCACUCGUUCUACUUCCAACAACACCAGGAAAAGCUCCAAGGGAUCCGAUGACAUCAUAGAAAUUGCCAAAACCGUCCAAGAUGGAAUGGCCGACCUGGCUAUCUUUGACGACCAACUAGACUUCAAAAAUGCAUCACCGGAUGAAGUACAAAAAAAAUUAGAUGCUAUGAAAGCAGAUUUAAUCAAUAAAAUUAAAAAUGAUGAUCCUGUAUCCAGGAAAUCUAGUGCUCUGCGGAGAAAAUCUACUGAUGAAUCCAUAGAAGAAGAACUUAGUGAAGUUGAUGAUGAAAGACCUAAAUCGAGAGGAAGAAGACAUUCAAACGUUUCGUUUUAUGAAGAUGUUACUAUUGAAGACAGAACAACGAUUAUCAGUGAAGAAUUUAAAGCUGUGGAAGUUACUAACCCCGUGCCAGCAACUAGAACAAAUAUGGAUAAAACCAAGGUCGAACGAAAAUUGUCUGGCAAACCUAUUGAAACAUAUUGUAAAGACAUCAUCCAUGACAUAGAAAAGAGUUCCAAAGUUAUAGACAAACAUAUGCGUGAAUUCAACCAGUCGAAGUUUAACAACGAUACAAUCGUUGAGCAUUUGCAAGCUGUCGACAAAAUCAAUGAAUUAAUGAACGCGCAAGGGGAAAUACCGUCAGAGGCUCUGUCUGAAUUAAAUAACAAUUUUAAUAUGAUAUCGGAACAAGUGUUGUCUGCUGAAGGUUUGCCGGUUGCCAGAAAGAGGUCAGUUUCUGGACGAAGGAGCUCUAGGGUUGAAUCACGGACCAAUGUCUUUGGCGAUUCGAGUCUGAGUAAUCAAGAUUUGUUAAAUGAUUUACUAGGGAAAAAAUGAUAUCGGAGCA